GUUCGUUGUUCUGUCUGACGUAGAGUUCAAACCAGCUGACCUCGCGAGCCGCGACCCGAGCUAAACCCCUCACAGAAACAGAGAGAUUUGAGCAGCAGUUUACAGAUGAGUACAGACAGACUCCUGCGAUCGCUAGACUACAAUACAGGGAGGACAUUGCUUUUCUCCUGAGUCCACUUCUUCCCAUUUUAAAGUAAACCAUAACGCGUUUUAACUGGAAGGGGGAGCUAAAGGUCUUCAGGUCGGCAACAAAAAGAGUUUAAUGAAUGCCAACAUUACAAGACCCAGAGUGUCUUGAGAUUUCACACAUUCAUUAAACCCCAGACUCACAGCAUGAGGGACCAAAGUGUCACGUGGGCAGAACAGAGACCGAUGUACCCGAAAGAAGCAACUGAUCCAAUGAGUCGGGAGGGUGCAGUAUCCUUCACAGGAGAAACAGUGUCCAGCAGCAUGAUAGCCCGCUCUUCUCUUAUCCAUCCCAGAGGCCUGAGACGAGCAGAGACCGUCGGCAUAAUCACAGUGCGUCGCAAACGUGAGUCUAUCCCUGCUGUGACAAAAGACGAAGGUUAUUGGGACAAGCGCAAAAAGAACAACGAAGCUGCCAAGCGUUCGCGUGAGAAACGCCGCAUCAGCGACAUGGUGGUAGAGAACCAAGUUCUGGCUCUUCUUGAGGACAAUGCACGUCUGAAAGCUGAGCUACUGGCACUUAAGUUCAGAUUCGGUUUGAUCAAAGAUCACACAGAUUCACCAGCACAGAUCUGCUCAUAUGGUUCAUAUAACCAAACAUGUCCAGCAAUACCCUGCUACUGCCCCAACACUAACCCACAACCUGCCCAUGGACACCCGUUGUCGACCCCACAGCAAAACUAUGGGUUCUUCAUCCCAUUAAGCAUUGGGAGCCCAGAACUCUCAGGUGAUGCGGUUGGUGAACCUACUGGACUCUAUCGAGGUGACGAACAGCCAGGCCGUAUCGCAGAAGUGGAUACCAAUGCAUUAGUGUCAGGAUGGCAAGAGAACAACAUGAAAGGUCUUCCUCAUAAACUGCGUUUCAAGACGCCAUGUAGACUUGAAGGUGCUGAGGUGGAAAAUCUCUCCUCAGUUACAUCUGAGUGUGAGCGGACAGAGGGUUUCUGGACCACACACACAGUGCCAUCGGCUUGUUCAACAGCACAUCAGAAUAACUCCAAUAUUUACAGAAGUCACAGCGCUAUUAGAUUCCAGCUAAGCGCUUUGAAUGAAGAAAUGGCCGGGCUCCAAAAAGCAGUGAACUGAGGUCGAUUCUGUGACACCUGACUUCUGACCAAUCCAAAGAAAGAAGCUGCUUUUUCUGAUUGUUACAGACAUACAUAAGAAGCCAGCUGGAUGUUCGCUGGAACAGCUGGCAAUUGGAGACAUUUUUCAUUCUUGUGUAAUUUUCAUAUGCCUGUCUGCACCACUAAUGUUCAUGAGAAAUAUUGUGAAAGUAAAACGCUCUCCUGUUUUCUCCUGUAUACUGUUGUGGCGGAUUGUGCUUUGUUUAACAUUCAACAUUGAGCCUUCACAAUGCAAUAAAAUCAAAACCUUUUUUGUAUCUUUCCUAUUCAACACCUGUUAUGUUUUCAUUUCAUUUCUGUUUAUGGACUUUUGGUUUUCUCGGUUUGUUUAAAUUCACCUGGGAUUCAAAACAUUAGUUUUCUUUUUUUACAAUCGUUUUACUUCUAAAGUCAUCUUUUUUUAA